AUGCCUUACAAAGCUCCGGUCGCGGCGAAGCCGAGCAAAGCCAUCUUCGACCCGUUCAGCUCGUCCGCCACCGGCCACCAGCGCGCAGAAAACAAACUGAGCGGGAGUACGUCAUGGCGCGAAUCCCGGCAUCGCAAGCUCCAUCAACAAUUCAACGGCGGAGCUGGGGGUGGGAAGCGGGUCAGUGACAGUGUGGGCGCCGGCAGUGAAGACUUUGGACGAGAUGGAAGGACGGAGAAUGGUGGAUUUGAGAAGGGCGCGAAAGGGCUGCGAACGGGUGGACAGCAGAGUUUGUGGGCGACGAUGACCGUCAGCAAGGGCAGUGAUGAAUCGAGUGAACGGCCGGCGAAGCGCAUCAAGACAGAAGACAGUCCCGAGAAGCCACGUUCGACGAAGGUCGUGAAUCCAUAUACUCCAUUCCGAAGGGAGGAUGGCAAGAUUCGUGAAACGAGCUGGACGUCACCAUCCGAUCUAUYGGAGCCCAUUGAUCCGCUACCGUCAUCAGAAGAAUCACGGACUUCCAWCCCAAAAUUCGAAGAAAAGAAGGAGGAUGAUCCGCCGCCGCCGCCUCCAAUAUUCUCCUCGUUGACAUUCUACGUCAAUGGCUCUACCUAUCCUCUGUCCGACCACGCCCUCAAGCACCUCAUAAGCUCACAUGGAGGCAACAUGUCGAUCGCGCUUGGAAGAAGAACUGUCACGCACGUCAUCAUCGGGAAGCCCAACAGCAGCGGUGGUGGAGGCUCUGGAGGUGGACUUGCCGGCAGCAAAAUCCAGAAAGAAAUCACUAGCAUGCGAGGAAAGGGGAUCAAGUUCAUCUCUGCGGAAUGGGUCAGUGAGAGUGUCAAGGCUGGAAAGCGGUUGCCAGAAUCGAGGUUUGUGGGCAUGAACCUUGCACCCAAGGGUGUUAGUGGCAUUCAAAGCAUGUUCCGAGCUGCGGCAAAGAAGUGA